GAAAUUUUUCAGUAAAUAUCCAUAAAACCAGCGGUGGUGAUGUUUUUCGUUCGAAGGUGCUGAACCUUUUUUCCCUCUUGAAACGUUUCCGCCUCGAACUCGUCCACAAAUAAACGAAGGCCGUUUGGUGGUGCUCGGAACGAUCUUACCAACUGCCAUCGUCCCCUGUGGCAGCGAGACGUUGGUCCUGUGCGUUUCCCGUUCAGCUCAUUGUCAGUGGUUUGGUAUGCGUCGGAAAAUGUGAAAUACGCCAAAUGCGUAGGACUUCCGUUCCGGAUGCGGAAAGCGAAUCUUCCAGGGCGGGAGAAUAAUGCGUCACAGUGCGUUUUAAUGUAACGAAUGGAAACGAACCAAUUUGGGGCCAGUGAAAUCUAGCAGAUGCAACCGUGCAACAUGAUGUUUCAUGAAGCUUCGGAACUCCACUUGUGUGGAAGUGUCAUCGGUGCGGUGGGGAGUGCACAGAAGUAGCAUGAGGAAGAACUUGGGGAGGGAACUUCCGGUUACAGUUGCAAGUGUCCACCUAAGUGCUUGAAAGCUACGGCAUACAGUUAGUAGUUCAGUGGAAAACGGUGACUUAAAGUGUGUGAAAACAUUUAACAAUCAAAGCAGACUUUGAAAAGCUGCUUCGAGGGGGGAACGUCCCUCGGAUAGCGAAGCGAAAGAGAAGCUUACGGAGAUUCAAUUCUUGUACCUGGAACUAUUUUAGUUUUUCAGGCACAAUACUUCAGAAUCGCUGUAUAAUCCACAUAUUGAAAGCUUAUAGAAGCAACUUGUUACGGAACGACAGUGGUGAAUGUGUCAAAUUUUAUUUUCAAGUUGGUCCAAAAAGUGUUCCCAAGUGUUAUCAGUUCAAUUUGGAGACAAAGAAAAAACUAUUCAAAAUUUUAUAAAUCUGUCUCUUGGAAGGGAUAGAAGUGUGUAGAAGAGCCCGUGUGUGUGUGUGUUUGUGAACGUGUUAAGACGGUGUACGGAACAUGGCAUAACAAUGCUUCCCACCUCAAGCUGCAAGCAGUCAUCUAUUAUUUAUUUUAUUAUUUUACCUCACGAACAACCACUGAGCCUCGGUAGCUUAGGCCACCGUUUGCGAUCGAGCCUUACAGUGGACGAUCAGCAGCACGUCACGAAUGAGAACUAUUACUCGCGGUAUCGAGCUGUUACCUGCCAUAGUUCCGGCACAUCCGUCUCCUGCAGUAGAGCAUCCACCGAGGGUCAAGCGUACUUCAAGGUCCCUGGACUAAGAGCUACUGGAUACAGUACAGCAGCAUGCUGAAACCGUUAAAAGACUUGCUUACCUAUUUUCAAAGAAAUGCUAACAGUUCCAACAUUUUCGGAUUAACAACGCCAACUACUACAACCACAAUGGGACCAAAUGAAAAUCCCAGAAUUGAUGAAGCGAUGAUUGAGAACGAUGAGCUGAUACUGGAGGACGGUGAUCCACUGAACGAUCCGCUCGCGUUGGACGAUUAUUCCGGCACGGAGCUAAACGUGUCCAAUGUGAGCGUUGGCAGUGAGGACGACGAUGGUCUUGCGUCUGGCAAGAUUAUCCUAGUCGACGUGACCACACUAAAGCCCAAAGAGCACCAGGAUGAGAUUGAAACGGAUGAUGAUGAGGAAGAGUCCUUGCCGAAAGAGGUUCAAGCAGUAGCAGCUCUGGAUGAUGAUGAGGAACCGAGUGCGAACCUGUCAAACGGAUCCAUUACGGUGGUUGAUUUAGAGGAAGAAGAGAUCAAUGGUACCGACGCAGGUAAUGUUGGUAGAAACGUUGCACAGAUUCAGACUGAAAGUCUGCGAUCGAAAACCAGCAACAGCAAGCUAAACUCUUACACAGUCGUCACAAACGGUGGUGGUGUAAGGGCGUCGUCUCCUUCGCUUGAGGAUGAUGUGGAAGAAGGUGGGAUCGCUGAGAAAAGCAGGCUAGUGGAAAACUUUACCGAUGAUGUCUCGCAACCGAGGCCUGUUGACACGACGGCAGAACAAAUGCAGACCGCCAACGGGGGUGAAGAGGAAGAGGAGGCAAGCGAUGGAUCCGAUUCUGGGUUAGGGUUGGAACCGACGCGCAAUGUGGCCCCAUGCGGCACUGGUACCAGUAGCAGUAGCAGUAAUAGUAGUAGUAGUAGCAAUAGCCCACUGCAGCGACCACCAAUAAAGAGCAGUCUAAAGCGACGCUCGGAAACGUUGGACGCUAGUGCGUCCGUGCGGCAGGAAAAGGAGGACGGAGUUAGCAGCCAGAAAAGGCCCAAAAAGGGCAUCACUUUCGAGGGUGUGACGGUGUAUUACUUUCCUCGCAUUCAAGGCUUUGGCUGUGUCCCAUCGCAGGGUGGCUGCACGUUGGGCAUGGAGUUUCAGCAUGUACACUCUAGGCGAUUAACACUUUCGGAACAUUCCGCCGAACAGCGGAAGGUGCAUCGGCAGCAAAAUCAGGAGCUAAACCCACGCAGUUCCUCCAGCGAAGACACGAGCAGUGAGGAGGAACCGAGCGAAAGCGGUUCCGAGGCAGAAAGUGAAUCGUACGGGUUUUUGCAACCGGUUUCAACGCGGCAACGGCGUGCCCUGUUGAAAGCGGCCGGCGUGCGUAAAAUCGAUCCGACGGAGAAGGACGACUGCCGGGAGAUACGAACGUCGCGUGAAGUUUGCGGUUGUACGUGCCGAGGGUACUGCGAUCCGAACCGGUGCGCGUGCAGCCUGGCCGGUAUCAAGUGUCAGGUGGAUCGGCCCAACUUUCCCUGUGGCUGUACGCUGGAGGGUUGCGCGAAUACGGCCGGACGCGUCGAGUUUAAUCCGGGGCGUGUUCGAACCCACUUCCUGCACACCAUAAUGAAGCUGAGAAUGGAGGGUGACGAUAGGAAAGCGUUGGAGGGCGGUAGUGGUGGAAAUGUAGCAAUGUUGCCGUCUCGGGCGGGUAGUAAUGCUACCGCAAGUGAUACGAACGAUAGUAGUGGUUAUGUGAUAGGUAGUGAAAAAAAUUGGUCCAACGGUCCGGUACGAUUACCACCGGGUAUGGUUGGUACUUACGGUGCCGGUAUUCAUCCUGGUCCUUCGUCGGCUGUUAGCGAGAUAGUGGAUGGGAUCGGGCCAAUGCAUCCAGUGCCGGGUAUGCUACACCAUCAUUCGCUUCUCGCACACCAUCAGCUACCGAUGGACGGAAUGCCUCUCAACCCGACCGGAGGACAAUUUCAGCAGCAGCAGCCGACGCAUCUUCAUCAUCUAGCACAUCAAGCCGCGCCGUAUGUAAACCUCCACGGCACAGAUCCUUCGCAGCAGAGCUAUCUGGUUGCGUCCAGCUCGCAGAACGCCACACACCUGCUCGGCAGUUCCGGUGUACCAGCGGCAUCAGCCGAUCCGACACUCGAUCUGCACUAUCCUUUCCGAGAUUAUUACGGUGGGCUUGAAGGAGCAUCAUCGGGGGGCGAGGGAGGCACCCAUCUACCGGGCAUGCCAAUGCAUCAGCUCUCUUCUUGCGCUAAUGCCGCCGAACCGCCUUCAACGCUUCAUGCUGACAUGUAUUAUAGGGAAAGCUAUGGUAGUUUCGUGGACGGCGCAGCAAGUACAACGGCAACCCUGGACGCUUAUCGGCAGGAAGCAAUCGUGCCCUUACACGUUCCCAACACCGGGCAUGAUCGGUUGCUAUCGAGUGCGACUGCAUCCUACCCUGAACACCACACGACGCCAGGCACCUUGCCAAGUGUGCCGCCCGAAGGACCAGACUGUGCCAACGACCCGUGUCAGUCCAGUGUGCCGAAAGUGCCUCAGCAAGACGUUAGUUGUACAGGAGAAGCCGCGAUCACUGCUGCAGCAGUUCUCAGCAACGUACCUUUACAGGAUCCGCUAAUGCAAUCCUUUCCAUCAGUACCACUCACGGUCGACCCUUCAGAAACCUGUGAUCUCAAUAUCACUGUCAUCAGUGACAGUACGCUCAGCUCGAGCGAGCAUGAUUCGAGCGGUGAGGUGACGAUCGUGGAGUGCGACGAUACGUCUAGAGAAGUUAAUCCGAUCAACGAUGCUGAUGAUGAUGAUGAUGAUGUCGUGGAAGAACCGUGUACUGCGGGGCGCAAUGCAAGAAGCAGGAACUGCUCCCGAACAAGCAGUUUCAUCGAUCUGACCGCACCGCAGGACGACAAUACUGGGCGGCUGGAAGCCAUUAACGAUUUGCUGGAAAGCAGCCGAAACGCGCUCAGCAUCGUACGGCGAUCGAUCGUUGCGGAGGAGGAUGACGAGCUGCGCGACUUUCAACAUCCGCCAGUGGAACCACCGCCACACGCCGUGAUCCAGCUCGACGACGAUGAGGAAGAUGUUGAGAGUGAGGAUUGUGUAAUGAGCAGUUCGCUGUUGCCUGACAGAACGAGCGGACCUAUAGGUGACGUUCAGAAGCUAGUUCAAAGCCGUCCGGUUAUGGUGCGUCCAGAUAGGAACGGUGGUGGCGCUAUCAAGAACGGUCACGAAAAGCAGCCGAAUCAGUUGCAGCAGAAACGGAAGCGUUGUUCCGCCUCGAUCGGAGAAGAAUCCGAUGCUUCGUUUCGGAAGAUGUUACAAAACGGCUCCGGAGCUUCGUCGUUCGUGCCUACGGUUUCUAGUACGUCCGCGUCCGUCAGUUCGCAAGCGAACGCGACGCUGGAACCUAGUGAAAAUCUGUGUGAAAUUAUUAAAAACAGUAUCGUCGAAACGGCCGUAUCACAUUGAACAGUAGUAGGCGAGUGGUGCGAGAAAAAAAAACCUUCCGAUAUUAUAUGAUUCCACAUCUUGAGGACUGAAGGAUAGCGGUUUUUUUUUGUGUGUGUAUUCGUAAGCUGUGUUAAUUAUUUGCAAUUAGCUUACAUUACUAUUUUAUUCAUUCAGGUCACAGCAAAGCUAGCCACGCGGGCAGCAAGCAGAAGAAGGGUACAGUUGAGAUGGCCAAACAAGCAGACACGUGUUUCGCUCAGUUUUCAAUCGAUCGAUCGUGAUCGCGCAUUCAGGUUUCCUAGCCGAAGCCAGAUGGUCUGUUGGUCUGAUGGUUAAGUUUUAUUCGUUUCGUUACCUCUUAUUAUUUCUAUGGUUACAUUCAAUUUUUUUGCAUCUUGUUGGUGUAUUACAAAAAGUUCUGUUAAUUCAUUCUUUUAAUUCUCUACUCUAUUGCUCUUUUGGUUUAGUUGAACACGUGUUUCAUUAUUUCCAAAGAACAAAGUUUAAAGCACUGUUAGAUUCGUUGCGUUUCGUUCAACGUACGCUCAUCACGGUUUUCCUCUUCCUUUUUAUUAUCACACUGGAAACUCUUUAUGAGUUCCAGUGUGAAAAUGAAAAGAAAGAGGAAACCAGUGAUGAGCGUACGGUGGUGAGCGAAUGCACACUUCUCUAGACUACCGACACUAGAUUGCUUUAUUUGAACCAGGAUUAACUUAAUUAGAUGCAAGAUAUCUCAGCACUACUGUAGUGUUUGGAAAUGGAGCACGGCCCGUUGUUCGGUGUCCGAACAUCCCUCAAAAUGUAUGAAUUUAGUAUGCAAUGCGUUUGAAUCUUGCAUGCGAUGCAACAAAUAGGAACUGUGUUUUGUAAAUAACAACCUCUCCGCCUAUACCGUGAACACUGAUUUGGGGCGUUCGGAAAUUUGUAAUUAUUAGUGAAAACGUUACGCCUGCUGUAUGGAUUCCAAAAUACAAAACGAAUAAUAGACACACAAACAAACAAGUCGUGACAGAUUGCAUACGCGGAACUAGUUAUAAAACUCCGAACUCCGCAGCUCAUCCUUCUUCUCGGCGUAGCAGCGUGUUUCGUUUCAUGUGGCUUUAAAAUACUUAAGAAAUGAAAUAACUCGCUCGUACAAAGGAGGAUGGGUUUUGGGGAGCGGGGAGUGCACAGGGCAGGGACAGCAGUAACGUAACAGCAGAUAAUAUCAGCGAAAAAUGGAAAAUAAAAAUUAGCAAGGAAAUCUUUUAAAAACAAACUAAA